AUGAGGAUGUUGGCGUAUGGCAAUGCUGCUGACGUGCUUGAUGAAUACCUUCAAAUGGGAGAGAGCACUGCAAGGGAGUGUUUGAAGAAAUUCUGUGACACUGUUGUGCGCAUCUACGAAGCAGAAUUUCUUAGAAAACCAAAACAAGAGGACAUUGACAAGCUCCUUCGAAAAGUGGUUGGCAAGGACAAUUUGUUGGCCAUUACCGGCCACCGUCCAACUAUUGUCCUCGAGGCAGUAGCCUCGUAUGGCACUUGGAUUUGGCAUGCAUUAUUCGGAAUGCCUGGUUCCCAUAAUGACAUAUCUGUCAUGGAUUGCUCUCAUUUGUUUGAUGAACUUGUUAAAGGUCGUGGUCCUACUGUUAACUAUUUUCUUAAUCAAAAUCCACAUACAAUCGGAUAUUAUCUUAUAGAUGGUAUAUAUCCUGCAUGGGGUAUGAUUGUGAAAUCAAUACCUCAGCCUCAAACUAGAAAGCUCAAGUACUUUGCUACUAAACAAGAAAAAUAUUGCAAGGACGUGGAAAGAGCUUUUGGGGUUCUCCAAGCUCGAUUUGCUAUUAUAAAGGGGCUUGCUCGAGCUUGGCAGUUAGAUUUUCUGGGCAAGAUAAUGAAGACGUGCAUAAUUUUGCACAACAUGAUUGUUGAAGAUGAACGUCCAUCAAAGGAAGUAUCAUUACGUGAUGUGCCUGAAAAUAGUACGAGAAGGAAUGAAGAAGAUGAGUACGAAUCUUUACCCAAUGCUGAAGAUAUACAUCGACUUCCAGCAAACUUAGAUGUUUUCUUGGCUCAUUACACUCAGAUUAGGAGUAGCCGACACCAUGACAAACUCAAACAAGAUCUUAUUGAUCAUUUAUGGGGAAUCUUAGAGGUGGACGGCCUCCUAGCUUGA